AUGAUCUCGAUCCAAGACACGAGGCAUCACGUGGCGAUAGUUAGCGAUAAUGACUCAGCAAUGCUAUCGACUACAAUGUCUUUCCCCCAGGAUGCUCGUCGUCGGCGGGUUGGAGCGGGUACCGGCUUCAGCUCGUCGGGGAGGCGAACAACCCUGGGAUACUGGGUACCUUUGGCAUUGACAGUAGGUGUCGCAGCAGCUGGUGUUGCAGCCUGGAUCUGGAGUGAACGCGCUGAAGAUGAAGAAAACGACAACAAUUACCCCCGAGGUGAAGAUGACUUCCCCGCGCCCGGCCCCAGCGGGGGCGAGCUUCCUCCCGGAUACGACGGAGACUAUGCCAGGUCAACAGCAACGGAUAUUCAUGACACAGACGAUGUUAGCAUGGUAGCUCGUAUGCAGGGAGCCUUGCGACGCACUCCUAGCCCUCAACAGCUUUUCGAUGGUGCCAGCAAGCGAGUCGCAGCAGGUGUGGCUGCUGCGGGCGCGUUUGUAGGCGGCGCUCUGACAUCAAUCCGAGAAGAAGACAGGGGCGACUUCGAAGAUCAUUCCAGAUGGUCUGAAGAGGUAGAAUCGAGAGCCCGCAGGGAUCUACCAGAUCCCGCUGCACCGACCGUCGGCGGAACUCCUCCCAGCUCAGGAGUUGCUGCUGCCACAUCUUCUAGUGCGAAUAAGAAGAAAACGGUGGCUAUUGUGGUUUCAUCGGACACAUCGCGCUUAGACCCAGAGGAGUACACUUCCGAUCACGCUCAGUCUAUCCUUUCCCAUCUUCCAGAACAUAUCGAUCCCGAUACUACUCGAGUCUUUGUUAUGAUCUACGCCCCGGGUUUGAAGCACGCCCCUAACCAGGGUAACGCAUCCCACCCUACCAUGUCCGUCACCUCGUCCUAUUCAAACAUCGCUCCUGAAGAAGUCCUAUCUCCCGGUGAGCCACCAAGUGGCGACUUGACCGCAUCGGACUCUCGCCAAGAUGACCAGACACCGCUCUUCAAAACGCUGUAUACCCAGGCGCAAGCAAUUGCUGAGAAAGAGAGCAUGAUUAUGCCUUUCAGCACCUCCACAGGCUUUGUGCAUCUCGUGCGACACAUUUCUCCUGACAUUGUUUACGUCCAAGAGUCCCUGACUGGAAAGGAUGGGGAACCGGUACAGCAUAUCACCCGGUGGGUCAGACAGGUAGUGAUUGUCAUCGGCGAGCGAGGAGGCCUCGUCGACAGUGAAGAUGAAUCUGCCUUGGCUGACAGUGGUGAGAAGUGGUGGCAAAAGGAUGGUACGACCGGCAUCGGCAAGCGCAUUGAUGUCGUUGACGUGCUCCGUACAGGAGACGAUUGGCGACGAAGAGUGUCUGGCUUGGACUAG